AAUUACGAGUCGUCGCGGACGAAAUGGAAUAUUAGACAUGCAACCUAACGGUAGUAGCAGAAGAGAAGUAGAUCGUCUCCCUCUCCUUUCCCGACCGCCACUUCUGUGUCCCCGGCUCUUCCUCUCCGUCCCUCGCGUAGUUUCUUCCUUAUCCUCCCCCCCUCCCCUCCUUUUCUCGCUCACUCGCUUUCCCUCGGCGUCUCGCGCUCUCGGAGUCUCUGCUCCGAGUUCCUGGUUGGAUAAUUUGGGUUAAUACUAGUGAGUGAGGUUUUUGCGGCUUCAAAGGGUAUUUCAAGUUUCCGGAGCUCCUCCCCUCUGCACCGUGUGACAACAACAACUCGUCCAGCCGGCAGCCUGCACUUUUCAGCUCAUUUUCUCUCUGUCAUUCCCCUCUCAAUCUUUGAUCAAUGUACUUGCCAGGGAGAACCCAAGUCCUUCAAACCUCCUCCUUUUCACCUUCAUCCUUAACUUUGUGCUAGAGCGGGACCCACACAACAACAGCCGACCCUCCCCGCCCCCGCCCCCCCUCCCAAACCAGCCCCCGAUCCCAGCCCCCGGAGAGGACUCGCAUUUCGACUUGCGGGACACUUUUGUGCGUUUCUCUCCAGAGCGCCUCUCGCGCUCGCCCCUCCUGCGCUCGCUUUCUUGCCCUCACCUCCUUGUUUCCCCCCCUUUCUCCUUCUCGUUCUCCCCUGGAGUUGUUGUUGUUGUUGUUAUACCCCCUCGCUCCUUCUCCCCCCCUCUCUUUUCCCCCUUCCCCUCCCCGGGGUGUGUGGCAACUUUUCCCCUCGCUUCUCCUUCUUCGCUCUCCCCUUAUAUGUGACCAUGGCAGUGCCGGCGGCUUUGAUCCCUCCGACCCAGCUGGUCCCCCCUCAACCCCCGAUCUCCACGUCUGCUUCCUCCUCCGGCACCACCACCUCCACCUCCUCGGCGACCUCGUCUCCGGCUCCGUCCAUCGGGCCCCCGGCGUCCUCAGGGCCAACUCUGUUCCGGCCGGAGCCCAUCGCUUCGGCGGCGGCGGCGGCGGCGGCCACAGUCACCUCCACCGGCGGCGGCGGCGCGGGCAACGGAGGCGGCGGCGGCGGCGGCGGCAGCAACUGCAACCCCAGCCUGGCGACCGCGAGCGGCGGCGGCGGCGGCGGCGGCGGCAGCGGCGGCGGCGGCGGCGGCGGCAUUAGCGCCGGCGGCGGCGGCGCCUCCAGCACCCCCAUCAACGCGAGCACCGGCAGCAGCAGCAGCAGUAGUAGCAGCAGCAGCAGCAGCAGCAGUAGCAGCAGCAGCAGCAGCAGCAGCAGCAGCAGCAGUAGCAGCAGCAGCUGCGGCCCCCUCCCCGGGAAACCCGUGUACUCGACCCCGUCCCCAGUGGAAAACACCCCUCAGAAUAAUGAGUGCAAAAUGGUGGAUCUGAGGGGGGCCAAAGUGGCUUCCUUCACGGUGGAGGGCUGCGAGCUGAUCUGCCUGCCCCAGGCUUUCGACCUGUUCCUGAAGCACUUGGUGGGGGGCUUGCACACGGUCUACACCAAGCUGAAGCGGCUGGAGAUCACGCCGGUGGUGUGCAAUGUGGAACAGGUUCGCAUCCUGAGGGGACUGGGCGCCAUCCAGCCCGGAGUGAACCGCUGCAAACUCAUCUCCAGGAAGGACUUCGAGACCCUCUACAAUGACUGCACCAACGCAAGUUCUAGACCUGGAAGGCCUCCUAAGAGGACUCAAAGUGUCACCUCCCCAGAGAACUCUCAUAUCAUGCCACAUUCUGUCCCUGGCCUCAUGUCUCCUGGGAUAAUCCCACCAACAGGUCUGACAGCAGCAGCUGCAGCAGCGGCCGCUGCUACCAAUGCAGCCAUCGCCGAAGCAAUGAAGGUGAAAAAAAUCAAAUUGGAAGCCAUGAGCAACUAUCAUGCCAGUAAUAACCAACAUGGAGCAGAUUCUGAAAAUGGCGACAUGAAUUCAAGUGUUGGACUGGAACUUCCUUUUAUGAUGAUGCCCCACCCUCUAAUUCCCGUCAGCCUACCUCCAGCGUCUGUCACCAUGGCAAUGAGCCAGAUGAACCAUCUCAGCACCAUUGCAAAUAUGGCGGCAGCAGCUCACGUUCAGAGUCCCCCUUCCAGAGUUGAGACGUCUGUUAUUAAGGAGCGAGUCCCAGACAGCCCUUCGCCUGCACCCUCUCUGGAGGAGGGCCGGAGGCCUGGCAGCCACCCAUCAUCACACCGCAGCAGCAGCGUGUCCAGCUCCCCAGCACGGACCGAGAGCUCUUCUGACAGAAUCCAAUUCACCCCUGCGUUGAGAAAAAUAUCCACAGAGAGAAAUAAAACUGUACAUCAGAAUGGGUUGUCCAUGAACCAGAUGCUGAUGGGUUUAUCACCAAACGUCCUCCCUGGGCCCAAAGAGGGAGAUUUGGCUGGUCAUGAUAUGGGACAUGAAUCGAAAAGGAUGCAUAUUGAAAAAGAUGAGACCCCGCUUUCCACACCAACCGCAAGAGACAGCCUUGACAAACUUUCUCUAACUGGGCAUGGACAACCCCUACCUCCAGGUUUUCCGCCUCCUUUUCUGUUUCCUGAUGGAUUGUCUUCCAUAGAGACCCUGCUGACUAACAUACAGGGGCUCUUGAAAGUUGCCAUAGAUAAUGCCAGAGCUCAAGAAAAACAAGUCCAACUGGAAAAAACAGAGCUGAAGAUGGAUUUUUUAAGGGAAAGAGAAUUAAGGGAAACACUUGAGAAGCAGUUGGCUAUGGAACAAAAGAAUAGAGCCAUAGUUCAAAAGAGGCUAAAGAAGGAGAAGAAGGCAAAGAGAAAAUUACAGGAAGCACUUGAAUUUGAGACCAAACGGCGUGAGCAAGCAGAACAAACACUAAAGCAGGCAGCUUCUACAGACAGUCUCAGGGUCUUAAAUGACUCUCUGACCCCAGAGAUAGAGGCUGACCGCAGUGGCAGCAGAACAGAUGCUGAGAGGACAAUACAAGAUGGAAGACUGUAUUUGAAAACUACUGUCAUGUACUGAAUCUUUCCUGUUGAAGAAAUUCCAUGUUAUAGUAAAGAACUUUGCAGACAUUCGUCAUUUGAAAGUUCAGAAAAAAUAAAGUCCUUUUACGGGAACUUCCUCAAUUUUGUGUAUUAAUGUUCUUUAAAAGUUUAAGUAUUCUACAAAGUUCCUCCAUUGAUUUUCACCUGUGGUUCAUACCAGAGACCUGAGAAUGUUUGUAAAUGUACAAGUAUCAACUUCUUACAGUUAAUAACUGCAACUUUGCUGCUGGACACUUGUAUACUGAGUUAAAGACAGGUCUGAAUAAGACCUAGCUUUGUUUUUUUUAAUGGAAUGAACCAUUUUCUUCCUCUGAAAAUUCUGUAUCUGAGCACAUCAAGAGACUCUUGUAGCAGUGGUCACCCAGACUUACAGAAUUAUGUCCUCCAGAAACCAGCAAGAAUACUUGGAAAUGAACUUGUAGGGGGCAUAGAGGAUUCCUUAAAAAAAAAAAAAAAAAAACAAAACAAAAAACAAAACAAAAAAAAAACAAAAAAAACACAAAAAACACAAAAAAAUCAAUAAAUCAAAGAGUAAUAUUCUAUUACAUUUGAUUUUAAACUAAUUGUGGGUUUUCUCCUGAAGAUUUUUUUCACAUAUUCCAAAAGACCAACAAAUGGAUGUUGACAACAACCCAGUGAAAUAACAUUUUGCAUAUCUGAAAAGAAGCAUUGAAUAUAAGCCAAAAGGUUUCACUGAAGGUCUUUUUUCUUAAAAAAAAAUAAAUGUAACAUGUUUUCAUUCCAAACUGGUAGUGGUAUAUAGAAUUUAAAAUAAUAAUGAUGCUUCUUAUUCAAACUGUUGGUCACAUGUACAGUAUAUAAACAUAAAACAUACAAGGAAGGUAUUAUGUAUGCAGUAGUAUACUAGAGUUUAGGAAAAUGAGAAUUUUAGAAAAUAUGUUUUGUCACCCUGUUAGUCAGAAAGACAUCUUUCUGGUUUUAACGCAUGCAGGCAUGUAAAUAUUUGUCUGGAGUCACAGUAUUAAUGAAUGAGAUCUUAAGCAUCUGGUGACAUCAGAACUCUGUGUCAGCCACUUUUAUUUGUAUAUUGAACCCUAGUUAGUGCCCCAAACUGCACUAUUGAGAAUGGAUUGUGGCUGAACAGUAAAUCAAAACACCAGAAAUAUUUUUAUAUGUUAAUGUCAUAUUAUGUUAAUGUUGCUGAAAAACAAAACCUAACAAACCCUUGAUGUAUCAGUCCAAUACCAUGUAGCGCUGAGUGAUAAAGUUAAAAUGUGUUGUGCUUCCCCCCCUGGUCAGAGGGAAGGGUGCCUAUGUGUUAUUUUCACUGUCUUUUUGAAAGUUACAGUAUGUGUUUUCACUUUUGUGCAGAUAACUGGAAGUAAAGCUGCAAACAGUGCUUAUUACCCACUGAAGUUACCUUCUCUUUGUUUUUACUAAUCUGGAGUUACACCUUUAAAGACUGAUAUUAUGAAUCAGUACAGUCACUGUACAUUUUAUGAUUUUGCUGUCAUCUUAAGAUUUUAUGAUCAUAACAUUAUUUAUUACCAUAAAUAGCAAAAUCCUAAAUGUCCAAGAAAACUAGCUUAAAAAUGUUUAAAAAUAGUUCCAAUUCGGUAUUAUUUGGUGAAGAAAAAUUAACACCGUAGAUACUCUGGCACUAAGCUUCUAUAGUUUUUAGGUCUUCCUUGCAAUACUGGAACAUAUUUCUUUUGUGUAGUUCACUAUUAACCAGCUGAGUCCAUUUUUUAAUACAAUAAUAAAGUUAUGUAUACAGUUCCUAUUUUAGCUUGCUUGAAAGGGAGCAAUAUUUUUAUUUAAAAUACUGUUAGUAAAUGCUUUGUAGAAACUUGGUUUCCUAUGCAUAGUUCUUCCAUAACCAUCUUUUGUUGUUUGAGCACAAGAGAUUCUAUUCCUUGUUGUCUGUAUUUCUUGCUUUUCCCUGGAUGCAGUCUUUAAAGGAUUACAACACUUACAAUUGGAGGGACUUGUGGCAAGCUUUUGAAUCAUACAUUUUUUAAAAGAUUUUUUAAAAAGCCUACAACUGAACCUAAGUAGUAGAAUCAGCCAUUGCUCUGCUCCUUGCAUAGAGUCACCUGUUAAGUAGGUUAAAUAGUUUUAAAAUGCAUACUUUCAAGACCUUUGAGAAUGCUUUAGUGUUUGGUUUGAUAUAAAAGGAAUUUUAGCAAGGACUAAAGAAAGAAGCUACAGCUAUAUGUUAAGAGAAAAUCUUACUAACAUGUUGUAAAUAUUACAAUUCACGAAAUGUUAUUUUAAGUCUGUAACUUAAGGUUUUUUUUUUCCUUUUUUAGUUAUACAGGUUGGUUUGAAAUUUGUUUUGGGUUUUUUUUCGUAUAAACAAGUAAAAUUGUGCCCAUUUUAUGGUUUCCAUGCUUUUGUAAUCCUAAAAAUAUUAAUGUCUAGUUGUUCUAUAUUAUAACCACAUUUGCGCUCUAUGCAAGCCCUUGGAACAGAACAUACUCAUCUUCAUGUAGGACCUAUGAAAAUUGUCUAUUUUUAUCUAUAUAUUUAAAGUUUUCUAAAAAUGAUAAAAGGUUAUUACGAAUUUUGUUGUACAAAAUCUGUACAAAAAUCUGUUUUUACAUCAUAAUGCAAGAAUUGGAAAUUUUUCUAUGGUAGCCUAGUUCUUUGAGCCUGGUUUCAAUGUGAGAACCACGUUUACUGUUAUUGUAUUUAAUUUUCUUUUUUCUUUUCAACAAUCUCCUAAUAAAACUGUCUGAAAUCUC